AGGAAUUGACAGUGAAGAUACCAAAUGGGUGUCUUUUAUGGACGUGGCUCCCACGCUAAAGAUUUAAUGGUGGCCGUCGGUGGCGUAUGACAUGCAGAGUCUGUUAGACAGUGACGUGGAAGAGCCGUGUGCCUUCUCCAAUGAAUCAGCCCGCCGAUUCCGUCCCUAUCUUGUCGACCUUCCCUUAUAAUGUAGGAACCAGGAAGGCACGUCCACUCAUGGUGUUAAAUUGUCCACUCAUGGUGUUAAAUUGCUGCCAAAACGAACUGAGUGCAUUUCAAGCCUAUAAAAUGCCAUUAAAACCUCUCUAAAUAAGGAUAAGGAAACCUUUUGAUUGUGCACGCUGCGAUUGUAGUCCUUCUGCUUUCGUCUUCAGUUACAAGCAGAAAUUUCAUUGCUGUCCAUGUGAUAAGUUGCUAUCUCGUUAAUUUCCUUGCCUGUACGGAUUAUCCAUCUGCCGUUCCGUCUCUCGAGCUUGGGAAACGUGCCUACAGUUGCUGAUCUCUUUAUUUUUGUCGUUCUUUGAGUACGUAGGGGCCCAUCCGUUGCUCUGGUUGCUUCUCAAGAUUAUGCAUUGUCUGCGCGUGGUGAUAGUUCGUCUCCAUCGUGCUUCUCAUAUUAACGGUCUAAUUGCAAAACUGUUUUUGGUUCCGGGAAACGCCUCUCUCCCUCUCCCUCUACAGAUCUCUCUAUUGCAUGGUGCUGCUACUGAUUUGAUCGGGGUCUGAUUAGGACUAAGGAGCGAUGGCAGGGAAAAGCAUUUGCAGUGCAAGAAUGCUAUGGGCUUCUCUGAAGUGCAGAAGUACCACAGGCUCUAUUCAUUAUUGUGCUUCAUCUUCUUUGCGGAGUUAUGGAGCAGUUGCAACCAGGGGAGAUGAGGAUGUUGUUGAUUUUGAUUGGGAUAGACUUGGAUUUGGUCUAACAAGAACUGAUUUCAUGUACACAAUGAAGUGCUCCAAUGAAGAAGGCUUUUCCAAGGGUGAACUCGUUCAGUAUGGGAAUAUUGAACUGAGUCCAUCUGCUGGGGUGUUGAAUUAUGGACAGGGUCUAUUUGAAGGCUUAAAGGCAUAUCAGAAAGAUGAUGGACAUAUCCUUCUAUUCCGUCCUGAUCAGAAUGCUCUGCGGAUGAGGAUGGGAGCAGAGAGGUUAUGCAUGCCCUCACCUUCUGUUGAACAGUUUGUUGAUGCAGUAAAACAGACAGUUCUUGCAAACAGGCGAUGGGUACCUCCACCUGGAAAGGGUGCUCUGUACAUUAGGCCACUGCUGAUAGGAACGGGUGGCCUUCUGGGCCUAGCACCAGCACCUGAAUAUACAUUUUUGGCUUUUGCAUGUCCUGUUGGAAACUAUUUCCGGGAGGGUUUAUCACCCAUUAAUUUGCUUAUUGAGGAAAGUUCUCAUCGUGCCUUUCCUGGUGGAACUGGAGGAGUUAAGUCGAUAACCAACUAUGCACCGGUUCUAAAGGCACAGAGUACAGCUAAGGCAAAAGGCUAUUCUGAUGUCUUGUACUUGGACUCUGUCAAUAGAAGAUAUCUUGAGGAGGUCUCUUCCUGUAAUAUUUUCAUAGUAAAGGAUAAUCUGAUUUCAACUCCACCAACUCAGGGGACCAUACUACCAGGAAUAACGCGAAAAAGUGUAAUUGAAGUAGCUUGCGAUUUAGGCUACCAGGUCAAGGAGCGCCCCAUACUUGUUGAUGAACUGAUCGAUGCUGAUGAGGUGUUCUGUACUGGUACCGCUGUGGUUGUAGCUUCCGUGGGCAGUAUUGCUCAUCUUGGCAAGAGAGUGGUGUACAACAAUGGUAACGCUGGAGACGUAAGCAGGCAACUCUAUGCUGCCCUAACCGAUAUCCAAACAGGACGUGCCGAUGACAAAAAGGGAUGGACGGUUCCAGUCGAUUAACUUGGCAAUUAUAAUUACUACCUGGGAAGACAUUGUUGUUGGGCAUUUUAUGUUUAAAAAAAUGGUCUUGAGUUCAAUUUCCUGUAAUAUGUCCUGUUCUGUCCAAAGGAGAUAUUACAUGUUAUCCAAGUUUGUAUAUUCUUGUAUGUUUUUCUGCAAGAACUUAAUUGGCUAAUUGCAGUUUGUCAGGUUCAA